AUGUCCGGGAACCGCACCCCGCCGAACUUCGAGAAAGAGUCGGGCACCGCGAUCGAUGACCGCUUGAACAUCGUCCAGACGCGCGCCGAGGAGCGCCAACACGAGGCCCACGACGGCCAGGAGGACAACGAGCAGAAACGCGAGGAGGACCAGGCCGAGGACCCGGAGGCGGACCAGCAGGAGGACUACGACGAGGAAUAUGGCCAGGACGAGGCUGCGGUGAUGGCGGCGGCGGGCGCGAGGACGACCGUCAAGGACUCCAGGCUGAGCAUCACGCCCCUUACCACCAUCACAACUAUCAAGUGCACCAUCCAGGAUUUGGAGGGCAUCACUCCGGAGACGCAGCGCCUGAUCUACCUGGCGAGGCAACUGGAGGACGAGCGGAACUUGCAUUACUACAAUAUCCAGAAGGGCGCAACCCUGCACUUGCUCCUUCGUCUACGUGGCGGUCCUGGCCUGCAGGCCCCGCUGGAGCAUCUUGGGGCUGGCGCGCACGACGCCAGGCUCAACCCCAUGAGCGCCAACGUCUCGGCCCUUGCCCAUGCCGACGGUGCCGCCAGCCUUCUCAGGGGGUCGCCGAUCUCGGCAUCGACAGAUCUGACAUCGGCGUCGACGAGAUGGCAUCCCGUCCUGACGAUCCACCGCCAGCCGCAGCUGCCUCGACAGGUCCUCGACCCGCGCGGGCAGCGUGCGGCUGCAGUCAGCUGGCACCGCUGCCUCGCCGACCUGCUGCAGAGAGAGGGCGCCAGCUUUCUCGACGAACAGAAUGGGCAGAAGGUGAUCGAUUGGGCGCCGAAG